CAAAAUUGAAACACUGCGUUACCGACAAUUGUUUAAGCAAUUGUCACAAAAUAACACAAAUGUGUCAUAAAUCUCAACUAUUGGCAACACUUAUCAAUCGUCGUUUCGCUGGUCGCUUUGUGUAAGAAAUUUUUCGUGGGUUUAACGAAACAAAAAAGUUAGAAAACAUCAUAAUAAAUACGGUUCAAAGUGUAUAAACUAAAAAAUACAAUGUAAAAAGUGAAAUGUUUAAAGAAAUUUCUUAAAGUAUCUUCAUAUUUUAAUAGGAGAAACGGCAUUUUUGUAGUUUUUUUCUUCUACACUUCUGCUGUCAAAAAAAAAAAAAACAAAUUUGACAGAUUGAAAGAAAUGUAAAAAAGAGGAAAUAUAAAAAGAACAAAUAUUAAAACAAUACAUAUAUAGAAAUAAAAUAGAUUGAAGUAAAUUUAUUUUACAAAACAGUAAGCGUAAUAUAUUUAAGAAUUAAAAGUAGACAACUCUGGGUUUUGUCUGCCCCUUUUACUACUGGAGCCUUUAUACGUCAACUUUACAUGUUUUUAUAAAAAAAACAAAAAACAACACGAAUAAUCAUAAAGGAUUAUUAAUGCCUAGGACAAAAAAAAGAACUAACAAAAUAUACAUUGUAUUGUGAAUUGUAAAGUAAAAAAAUAAUCUGUGAAGGAAUUAUAGUUCUAGACAUAUUAAUUAUAUUUGAAAUCGUAGGUGUUUAUAGAAAAAGUUCCUUAUAUGUUUUAUAAAUGAAAAUUGAAUCAACCGAAAUCUAAAAGUCCAUGUCAAUGCUUCAAUUGAUUGGUAAACGAAAGUCACUACUGGCACAAUGCAAAGCUUGGAUUCAUCAUGUCAAGAAGCUGAUUUCAUAAUAAAUGACACAUUGAAAAAGCUUAAAGGCUCAUCUAACUCUGCAAACACAAACGCAGGGAAUAUAGUAUCUACGUUGGCUUCAAAUAAUCCCACAACGGCGACAAUACUCAGGCAACAGCAACAGCAACAACAAUUAGCCUACCAACACUUACCAAAUUCAUCAUCAUCUCAUCAACAGCAGCAUAAAUUUCAGCAGUAUCAUCAAUUGCAAACUGCUUUGCAGGGUACAAAUGUAUCUUCAACAGCUAUUAAUGUUGGAGGUGGGAACAACAAUUUUCCAACAACCUGUAUUCAAAAUGUGGCUCAACAACAAUUAUCUCCGACAGCUCCACCUUCUCCUCCAUCGUUGGUAUCUUCGUCGUCAUUUUCUGUUACGUUUCCCCCAAAGUCGUCACUCAUAGACAACAGUUUAUUGCACUGCAAUAUUUCACAAAUUCCCAGCCAACCACCUCUUUGCAUAUUUGAAGAUGAUGAGGAACCCUCAAAUCCAACAGAUCAACCCCCUGUAGAGUUAUUGGCUCCAACAAAUCCGUUACCAACGUCUUCUAUAUCGAAUAGCGCCUGUCUAAAUCAAAAUUUAGAUACUUCCAUUAACUUGGAUAAUAUCGUAAUUUUAGCGCAGCCUGCUCCACCUUCUAAUCCUUCUAUACAACAACACAUACCGCUAGCGCAACCAUCUCCACAAGCGGUGCAAUCAACAUCUUACUCUAACUUUAAUUCAAUUACCUCACCAUCCCCCAUCGUACCGGAUUUAUUACUAUCAACGCCCCCAGGUGUACACAAUAGUGGUUCCCAUAAUAACAAUAACAACAGUAGCAAUCACAAUAACAAAAAGGCUGAUAAGCGACCUUCCUCAUCAUCAUCGUCUACAACGGUGAAUCACCAUCAUCCACACCACCAUCAACAUCAGCACAAUCAUCAUUCUCACCUCUUAACAUCGCCGGGGACAACUGGAUCGCCUACCUCGUCGCCUAGUAAGAGGCAGAAAAUUAAGGACUCAACCUCUACAAAAUGUUCACAUUCUCCAUCGUUGUCACGGUCUACAUCCACAUCUACUACUUUGGGGCUUUCUAGUGGGCAAACAACUACCACUAACACAUUUUCGUUAUCAUCCUCAACAACUAGUGUUUCUAAGCGAGAAAAUACUUCAUCACACAAAUUUUUCAACAUACAUGAACGUAUUAAGGAUCACUAUUUACAAUUGUUAGCGAAUGAUUUAAAUUUAUUUGCUGAAGCUGGGCUUAAACAACGUACACGUUCUUUUGUAUUAGAGCGUGUUGUUGAAUGUGAAAAACUUAAUACCAUUGUUAUUAAUUUAUACCCCGGCAAUAAAGGCUAUGCGUUGGGUCUGUACUACGAUGAUCGCCAAGUAAUACCCGACACAGAAGGGGAGUUGUCGACCUCCCUCUCGACAUUGACUUCGUCGUUAUCCUCAUCGAUGAGCUCGGUGUCUGCAAAAAACAUUUCUAGUCGCAGUUCAAACAUCAUGAUCAACAGCAGCAGUUUUAAUUCAAGUAAACUAUAUCCAUCAUCAUUACCACCAGAUUUAAAACAAAAGACAUCUUAUGAUCAUUUACCUAUAAUAUUUGAUGGCUCAUCCACUGACUUGAGUAACUCGGCUAAUGAAUAUUCUUUGGUUGAAGUAUUGCGAUGGCCAUAUGAAAAUGACCAGUUGCUUCAGUGUAUCGAUCGUGAAGUAAUACCUGAUUUUUUAAUGGAUAUGCUGGCAGCUACCACAAUAACUUUACAAGCUCCACAAGAUGACAGCACAGGAACACCACGUAUCUUCUUUAAACCCAAUGUUUUUUAUGCCGGUUGUGUAGUGGCACAAAUACGUGACUUUCGACAAACAUUUGCCACCUCAACGAAUAUCUGUGAUACGAGGCACGUGUUAUUAAGACCCACCAAUGCAACACUGUUUGCUGAUGUCCAGCAUGUUGCUACAACGCUUAAUCAAUCCACUUCUGCUUGCGCGCCCGAAGAUAAACUUGCAUUGGAGAGUCAAAUGGUGUUGGCCACAGCGGAACCACUAUGCUUAGAUCCUGAUCCAAAUAUAGGUCGAAAUGCUAUUAACUCUCAACACGAGAGGCAGCUCUUCAAUACUCACGAACUGAGACGACAAAUGAAGAAGUAUACACAAAUUUCAAUAAAUCGUAAGAGAAAAUUGGAUCAGUUUACUCAACAUUAUGGCCUCGAGUUGUGCGAUUACCUAACCAGAUUACGAACCAGGCCAAGGGCAGGUAUGGUGUCUACUGCCGCAGCUGCUGCUGCCAAUACAUCAUCUACCAACGGUGGUGUUAAUCCUUUAGUCAGUGCCACAAUGUUAACUUCAUUUGCCUCGAAAGUCCCGAAACGGCCUAAAGAUGUUAUACGGCCUAUACGGCCACCAAGACUCGACUACCCAGCCAAUCUUAUGGUUCCAGAUCAAUUAAUAAGUGUUGAAAAAUACGCAAAGACUAAUGAAAGGCCUCGAGAGACUACUGAUUGUCAGCCGCAAUUGAUUGAAGAGUAUAUUUUGGAAACGGAACGUGAUGACAAUGAGGGUCGACGUGUCGUUUAUCAUAUUAAGUUAUCAAUUUUUCAAAGACCAUCAAAUUCAGAGUACCUGGGUGAAUUGUAUGUCGAUCGUGAUUACAGGGAAGGUAUAAGAAAUGGUGAAUCUUGUCGUUUCGCCUUGGGUACACGAGUACAUGCAAAUCGAUAUAUACAACAAUUUACGGAAAUAUUUACAGAGGAAGGACGCAAAGCUGUCAAGAUUACACAUUUGGUAUCAGGUCAUUUGCCAAAAGUUACUCACACAGGAAUUACACCAGAACAGAGACAGGCACUCCUGCUCCAACAACAACAAUUACAAUUGCAACAACAACGACAAGCAGCAUUAUUGGCAGCUCAGCAACAACAGCAGCAGCAACAGGUUAUACAACAAACAAUAGCUCAGCAGCAACCAGAACAGCAGCAUCAGCAACAUUUGGUUGUUGUCGGUCCAAACGGACAGCAACAGCAUUUAUUACCCACAACUGUACAACAUCUAAAUACCAAUACAAUUCAAACUCAGUCACAAACAGUACAACAGCAACAACAUGUUACUAAAAACAUUAAUAUUGUGAAUGUUACUGGAAAUAAUGUAGCUGCCGUUCAGCAUGUACUUAGACAACAGCAACUGCACCACCAUCAUCAGCAGCAGCAACAAGUGGCUACAACACAAUUUAUAGAUGCCAAUGAUGCAACAGUACAGUUGCAACAUGCUACCCUCACUGCCACUACUUCCAAUAAUAGCAGCAACAAUACGACAACAAAUACCAAUAGCAUCUCAGGUGGUUCUCACCAUAUACAAUUGCAGCAAAUAACAAGUUCUGGUCCCUCGUCAUCUGGAGUUGUAGGAGUUAAUAACAGUGGAGCAUCUACAACGACACAUCAGCUCAGUUUAAGUAACGGUUCCUUGGUGCUAGUGCAACAGCAUUCAGCUACUGGUUCACAAACAUUACACCAACAACAAACAGCUCAAGCGUUGCAACAUGCUGGUAUUACCAUACAACCUGCAUCAUCGCAUCAACAACAAAAGGCUCAAGUCAUUACAACCACCCAAAUGAAUACUGUACAAUCGGCACAGAACUCUGCACUUAGAACUCAGCUUGGUUCCAAUGUGCCCAUUUUGCAAGCUCAAUUGAAGGCAGCACCUAUUGUGACUAACACGAAUCAGCAGCAGUUAGUUCAUAAACAAAAUACUGCCAAUAGUACUAUCAACACAACAAAUGUUGUUACUGGAAAUGUUGGAGGCCCUAACUGCACCACUAACACUUUGCAGGCUAAUCCAGCUAUAAGCGCUAUUGUUACCAGCAUUAUGAAUAGUGCGAAUCAAUGGCAACAACAGCAGCAACAACAAAACUCAGCCUCUAUUUCAAACACUUCCACUACUACUACGACGUUGAAAAGUUCAAGUAAUGCUUCCAUAUUAAGUUUACUUAAUAGUGCUCCCGCUGCAAUGACAAGCACUCCUGUUGCAAGUGGUACGUUUACCACAUCUACCGGACAAACUCAACAGCAGCAGCAACAGCAACCAACCCAACAACAGAAUGUUACAUUGGUUCAACACUCAUCUCAUUCCCAACAACAGCAGUCGCAGACAACGACUGUUGUUGCAGCGGAGAAUUUUGUCCAAGCUACACAAUCCCAAGCAGUGCCAAAUCAUUCUCAACGCAAGCAAAAUGAAGUUUUGCAAAAUCUUUUAAAUCCGGGAAGAAAAAUUAAUAUCGUAAGCAGUAGUGGUGCGGGAAACGGCGGAACAACUGCAACAUUUCGAACAAAUGCUGCGGGUAAUUUGAUAGCGGUGAAUCUCAAUCAGCCAUCUAAUCAUCCGCAACAACAGCAAAAUCACCAUCAUCAGCAGCAAAUCCAUCACCACCAACAGCAGCAGCAUACACAAACACAGCAACAUCAACAAGACCAGCAACCCCAAACAACGGUACGUGUAUCAAUGUCGGCUUUAGCAUCGCAAUUAGCAUCUCCCCCUGCUAUAAUGACCAAUAGCACAAAUUUCGGAGGUUAUACAUUGAGCACAGUAAGUGGAACAGGAUCAAGUGGCGGUAGUAUAAAAAUACUCAAUAGUGGCUUACAACAGCAACGUGUUUUAGCUAAUGCUCUUCGAAGAGAUUCCCUGAGUAGCACAUCUCAAGGUCCUCCUAAUACUAUAGUUGUAGGAGUUGCAGCUCCUUCUCCUGGAUCGGAUUCAAACGCUUCAAACGCAAGUGGAUUUGCUGUACCCCAAGCCACAUCAAGCUCCGGAAUUAAUAGCAAUUCAACUACCUUAAACGCGUUGUUGUCAAAUGCAGCAACACCUUCACCUUCUGGUUCAGAGCACUCUCAGUCUUCUCAAAACCAAAAUCAAAGUCUACUCGAGAGACUCAAUAGUGGUGGUGUAACAGCUGGCGCAACACUCCCCAAUAUGUCACCCCAACAACAUCUUCCAGCCACACCACAACAACAGUAUAUUACAAAAACUUUAGUACAAUCUCCCGCCACAUCAUCAAUACAUUCUCCAAUGUCUAGUCCACAUCCACAGCCCUCGCCCUCACCGCAUCUUCCACCACCACAACAACAGCAACAACCUCAACAGCAGCAGCAACAGCAACAACAAAGCCAAACACAAACUGCAACUCUAAACUUGCAAGGCAUAAAUUUUUCCACAUUACAAGGGGCUAUGGCAAAUUUUCCUGGCCUGCAAAAUGUUCAAGUUCAAAUACCUGGAUUCAAUCAACCUAUAUCAAUUCAACUUACCGGUGGUAGUUUACAUGCCGUGCAGCAACCUCAACAAUCCGGAAAAUCAACCAUGUCAGUAGUAGCCACAGGAGGCAGUGCAAAUUCAAAUAACAACAGCAGUGCUGUUGUUACGACACAAAGCACAAAUUCAGCCCAUCAGGGUCAUCAACAACAAAGAAGCCUUCUUGUAUCAGUACCAGUAAGUUCGGCAAACCAACAACAAGGCCAAACUCAACACACAAUAACAUUGCAGCCGCAGCAAUUGCAACAACAUAAUGCUCCGUCGGCGACUGGCACCGUAGUUAACUUACCAGCUGGAGCUGUUGCUACUUCUACUGGAGGCACUCAAACUGUGCUAUUAACCAAUAAUUCGGGUGCAGGAGUGGCAAAUACAUCUGGUGCCAACAAUGCCAGCACUAAUACUACUAAUACUGGAACUACGAUGUUAACGUUACCUAUCGCUCAACUGGUAGGAUCUGGCGUGCAAAAGUUAAAUUCAGCAACCUUAAGGACAUCAGCUACUGGUACUUCAACAGGUGUUGCAACAACGAAUGCAAAUACGGCCACCGGUGGUAGUAUUAUUGUACAGCAGCAACACAGUGUUCAACAACAGCAAAAAACGUCCCAUCAACCGCAACAAGCUACCAUAACAGUGAGCAGCACGGGAACAGGGAAUCAAACUAAUCAAGCCAUACAGCUAGUGGGUACCAUACAACAAGGAGGUCGUAAUAUACAAGUUGUGGGUACAAAACAAUUGACCGGUAGUCGCCAGUUAAUAACCCAAAGACAGAUUGGUGGAUCCACUUUGAAAAUUGCAACUGCUUCCCCAAUCAAUGCCAAUUCUAAUACAAAUCUUACCUCUUCAGCAAAUUUAACUGCCACGCCUAUUGUAAUGUCAACGCAAAAAUUACAAUUAAAAACGAUAAAAGCCUCUACACAACAUCAGGCUCAACAGCAACAACAUCAACGCAUUUUAAAUCAAAUAACAGCUUCUCAAACAACGCCUCAACAACAAACUCAAACUGUAAUUUUAGGUCAACAACAAACGACACUAGCAUCAGCACACCAGCAAUCUACUUCAUCUCAGCAUUCGCAACAGCAGCAACAUAUUCAAAUUCAGGCAAGAGCUGGUAGUAAUUUAACCCAACGUACCAUUUCUGCUAUUGCUAUAGCAAAACAACAGCAGCAGCAACAAGCUGCGGCUGCAGCAGCUGCCGCUGCAGUUGCAGCAGCCAAUCGAAGGCGUCCCGCAACUGAUGUAAGUAAAUAAUAGACGAGUAAAUAAUAAUUAUUCAAAAACAUCUCAAAUAUAUUAUGUAUUACUCCCACUAUGUCUUUUUCCAUAUUAUACCAUCCCUCCAUUCACUUGGAAAAAACACAAUUGUAAUUUGUUCUAAAAGUUUUCCUUAUUAUUUUACAAAGAAUUACGGAUUACACUAGUUACUGUUCGAAAUAUUUAUUAUGUAUUUCUAAAAAUAAUGAUAAGUAUGAAUGUCCGAAGAAAAUGUGGCUACAUUUAAAAUCAUUCACAGUAUAUUGUAUAUUAAACAUGUUAUUUUCACAUUGAGUUGCUAGUUUAAUUUUGAUGUCAUCAAAAGUCUAUUUGGAGACCUUUUGAAGUGGAAUUGAUUUUUAAAGAUAUGUGUGUGUAUCUUUACGGCUCUUAGACAUCAUUAAUUCUAGAACAUUUGAUGUUUUAGUCUGAAAUAAAUAUCAGUAAAGAUGAUUUUAAACAAUUUGUGAAGAUGGGGAAUUUUGAAUAAAUUUAUCAUUGAAAAUUUAAAUUCAUUUUGAAAGGUUAGACUUUAUUCUU